CUGCUUGGCCCCAAGUCACUAUGAUCUUAAUGACUGCUAGAGUAUGGAAGGAGUCAAAUUCAGAUUCUAAUGGGCUGAGGAGUGGGAGAUGAGGCAGUAAAGAUAGCAGGUGUAGACAACUUUCUCAAGAACUCUUGUUGCAGUGGGAGGAGAGGGAUGAGACAGUAGCUGGAAAAGGAGGUGAGAUUCAGGAAACACUUUUUAAAGAUAGGAAAAUCCAAGUAUGUCAAUGCUGACGAAAAGACAAGAAGCCAGGCUCAAUAAUGAAAGCCUGUAGUCUCAGCUACGUGGGAGGCUGAGGUGGGAGGAUCACUUGAGCCCAGGAGUUUGAGUCCAGCCUGGGCAACAUGGUGAAACCCUGUCUCAAAAAAAAAAAAAUGAGGGUAGGCUGAAGCUACUGAAAAGAGCAAUGAUAACCUGGGAAGGAUAACUGAGUGGACGAAAGAUGAUAUUGGCCAAGGAUAGGAAGGACACCUUCUUCAGUAUAACAGGAAGGAAAGUGAAAACAAUAGGUGUAGACAGGCCAAUCUCUAGUGUAGGGCAGACUGCUUCACCUACAACUAUGUUGUUCUGUUCUACACAGGUAGAUGUGGCCGUGUCAGUAGUUUUGGUUUGGUGGCAGGCAGCUGAGUUCAUUCCCGUCUGAUGGCUUCUAUUUUUUCUGUAAAGUUGGGGGUAAAGUCAUCUGUUAAGAGUUUAUGCAAAGUGAGGGAUGGAAGUCUGAAAUAGAUAAUGACAGUGGGAAAAGAAGCAUACUAAAGAAACACAGUGGCUGGGUGCAGUGGCUCAUGCCUGUAAUCGAGCACUUUAAGAGCUCCAGGUGGGCAGAUCACUUGAGGUCAGGAGUUUGAGACCAUCCUGGCCAAAAUGGUGAAACCCUGUCUCUACUAAAUAAAAAUUAGCUGGGUGUGGUGACACGCCCCUGUAAUCACAACUACUCUGGAGGCUGAAAUUAGAGAAUUGCUUGAAUCCAUGAGACGGAGGUUGCAGUGAGCCAAGAUCGCGCCAUUAAACUCUAGCAGUGAGCCAAGAUCGCGCCAUUAUCACUCUAGGUGACAGAGUGAUACUCCAUCUCAAAAAAAAUUUUUUAAAGGCCUGGCACAGUGGCUCACACCUGUAAUCCCAGCACUUUGGGAGGCCGAGGUGGGCGGAUCACCUGAGGUCAGGAGUUUGAGAUCAGCCUGGCCAACAUGGUAAAACCCCAUCUCUACUAAAAAUAUAAAAAUUAACCAGGCAUGGUGGUGGGCACCUGUAGUUCCAGCUACUUGGGAGGCUGAGACAGGAUAAUUGCUUGAACCCAGGAGGUGGAGGUUUCAGUGAGCCAAGAAUGCACCAUUGCACCCCAGCCUGGGCAACAAAAAGUGAAACACUGUCUCAAAAAAAAAAAAAAGAAAGAAAGAAAGGUGGCUCCCUGAAAUCCCAGCACUUUGGGAGGCUGAAGCGGGUGGAUCACCUGAGGUAAGGAGUUCGAGACCAACUUGACCAACAUGGUGAAACCCCAUCUCUACUAAAAAUACAAAAAUUAGCCGGGCAUGGUGGCAGGCACUAUAAUCUCAGCUACUCAGGAGGCUGAGGCAGGAGAAUUGCUAGAACCCGGGAGGAAGAGGUUGCAGUGAGCCGAGAUCGCGCCACUCACUCCAGCCUAGCUACAGAGUGAGACUCCGUCUCAAAAAAUAAUAAUAGGGGCCGGUAGCCGCCCCGCCCCAUGGGGCGCCACGGGCUGGUAUCGGCAGCGCCCACUGAGCCAGCCGGGCCGCAGGUGCCGCCCCCGACACACGAUGUCCCGCCCAAGCUGAUCAGCGCCUGCCGUCGGUCGGUGCGUGCAUGAGCCUCGUCGGUCCGCGUGUGUAUGGCCGAGAGCCCCUUUUCUCUUCCGCCAUGACGCCUCCGCCGCCCCCGACCCCAGGCCCUGACCCCGCGGCCGACUCCGCUGUGGAUCCCUGCCCCGGACCUGGGUCAUUGGUCGUCCUGUUUGGGGCUACGGCUGGUGCGCUGGGGCGGGACCUGGGCUCCGACGAGACCGACUUAAUCCUCCUAGUCUGGCAAGUGGUUGAGCCGCGGAGCUGCCAGGUGGGGACGCUGCACAAAUCUCUGGUUCGCGCGGAGGCGGCCGCAAUGAGUCCGCAGUGCCACGAGGUGAGCGGCCUGAGCACCGACAGCCUGGCGCAGGCAGAGCCGCUGGACAAGGGACUGCAGCAGUUCUCACAGCUGGUGAACGGGGAUGUGGCGCUGCUGGGCGGGGGCCCCUACGUGCUCUGCACUGAUGGGCAGCAGCUAUUGCGACGGGUGCUGCACCCAGAGGCCUCCAGGAAGAACCUGGUGCUCCCGACCUUCUUCUUCUACAACCUCCGAAGAGAAUUCCAUAUGCAGCACCCAAGCACCUGCCCUGCCAAGGACCUCACUGUGGCCACCAUGGCGAAGGAUUUAGGACUGGAGACAGAUGCCACAGAGGAUGACUUUGGGGUCUGGGAAGUGAAGACAAUGGUAGCUGUUAUCCUCUAUCUACUCAAAGAGCCCAGCAGUCAAUUGUUUUCGAAGCCUGAGGUGAUAAAGCGGAAAUAUGAAACAGGGCCUUGCAGCAAGGCUGAUGUGGUGGACAGUGAGACUGUGGUACCGGCUCGUGGGUUGCCCUGGCAGUCAUCAGACCAGGACGUGGCUCGCUUCUUCAAAGGGCUCAAUGUGGCCACGGGUGGUGUAGCGCUCUGCCUCAACGCCCAGGGCCACAGAAAUGGCGAGGCACUCAUCCGCUUUGUGGACCUAGCGCUGCUGAGACACAAGCACCACAUGGGCGUCCGCUAUAUUGAGGUGUAUAAAGCGACUGGGGAGGAGUUCGUAAAGAUCGCAGGGGGCACAUCACUAGAGGUGGCUCGUUUCUUGUCACGGGAAGACCAAGUGAUCCUGCGGCUGCGGGGACUGCCCUUCUUGGCUGGGCCAACGGAUGUGCUAGGCUUCCUGGGGCCAGAGUGCCCAGUGACUGGGGGUGCCGAAGGGCUGCUCUUUGUGCACCACCCUGACGGCCGGCCGACUGGUGAUGCCUUUGCCCUCUUUGCUUGUGAGGAGGUGGCACAGGCUGCACUGCGCAGGCACAAGGGCAUGCUGGGUAAGCGAUACAUCGAACUCUUCCGGAGCACUGCAGCGGAGAUGCAGCAGGUCCUGAACCGCUAUGCAUCCGGCCCACUCCUUCCCACACUGACUGCCCCACUGCUGCCCAUCCCCUUCGCACUGGCAGCUGGGACCGGGAGGGAUUGUGUACGCCUCCGAGGCCUGCCCUACACAGCCACUAUUGAAGACAUCCUGAGUUUUCUCGGGGAGGCAGCAGCUGACAUCCAGCCCCACGGGGUGCACAUGGUGCUCAACCAGCAGGGCCGGCCAUCGGGUGAUGCCUUCAUCCAGAUGACAUCAGCAGAGUGAGUCCUAGCUGCUCCUCAGCGUUGCCAUAAGAAGGUGAUGAAGGAGCGCUAAGUGGAGGUGGUCCCCUGUUCCACAGAGGAGAUGCGUGGUGUGCUGAUGGGGGGCACCUUGGGCCGCAGUGGCAUGUCCCCUCCACCCUGCAAGCUGCCCUGCCUCUCACCGCCUACCUACGCCACCUUCCAAGCCACCCCAACCCUCAUUCCCAUGGAGACAGCAGCUCUAUACCCAUCUUCAGCACUGCUCCCGGCUGCCAGGGUGCCUGCUGCCCCACCCGUUGCCUACUACCCAGGUCCAGCCACUCAACUCUACCUGAACUACACAGCCUACUACCCAAGCCCUCCAGUCUCCCCCACCACUGUGGGCUACCUCACCACACCCACUACUGCCCUGGCCUCUGCUCCCACCUCAGUGUUAUCCCAGCCAGGAGCCUUGGUCCGCAUGCCGGGUGUGCCAUACACAGCUGGUAGGAAGGAUCUGCUCAGCGUCUUCCAGGCCUACCAGCUAGCCCCUGAUGAGUACACCAGUCUGAUGCCUGUUGGUGACCCAUCUCGAACUGUGUUGCAAACCUCCAAGGAAUGGGUGUGUUUGCAGAAGAGAAAGCCAGGACGUAAGAGCCAGCUGAUAUCCUCAGCAAAUAUGUCUCUCCUGCGUCCAGAAACCAGCGCCCUCAACACAGUAGCUUCUUUCUGGCUUGUCAAAGCUCUCAGAAGGUACCUAGAGGAGCCCAAAGCCCCAGCUCUGUCCUCCACUUUUUCUUCUGCCUGUUUACCCCAAAGACAAUGGCUGGACCGUGCAUGCAGGGCUGGGAGUGGAAUGGGGUAACCAGCUCCUGAUGGCCUGAGCCAGGCAUCUUGACUGGCACCUGGAGAGCCCUUUGGUCUGUCCUGGCUGUGGCCCAUGACGACAGAUAUCCUGGGGCUGACAGGUCCAUGGCAGGCUUGCUUUGUUUUUUAAAAUGGAAGCUCUGGUAACUUCAAGUAUAACUCUUGGGAGAAUGAAGGGUCCAUCUGAGCCUCUGAGUAAAGAUCCCAAUGUUCUACCUCCCCCAUCCCUCUCAUGGGGGAUGGGGAGGCAGAGAGAGCCAGCCCCUACCCUCGGGAUAUUUGGACCUCAGAGACCAUGUUGUGCCAGGGGUGGUCCCACCUAAAGAUGCUAGCCCCUCUCUGGGUGAGCCUAAGGAGUAACAGAUGGCAAAACCACAAACUAUUUUGAUGGACUGUACUGCAGUAUCCCCAGAAGACAUUAGGGGGCAGGAGGCCCCCACACAAAAACUCGGGCCUGAUU